GCGGGAUCGAAAUAAAAACACGGUCAGAGCUUGAGCUCUGGAGCGGCCGGCAGCGGGAGAGAAGUUACCGCUUCUCCUGCUCCGCUUUCCCCUGAUUACACUGAAUAAAAGGCAGGUGAUUCCGGAGCUGUCCGUCGCCCACCAUGAAGAUCUCUGAGUGCAAUCCGAGCACGCUUUGUGUUCUCCUAUAAGCUGCCUGUACUCUUUGAACCAUGCCUGAAGAUUAGAGCACCUCUACUAGCCAAAUACCAUUUAAAAAUCUGCAUGACCCUCCAUGUAGGCCUUCCCUCCUCUGUCCCACUGGAGUGAACACCCCUAGUCUCGAUUUCUUUCCCUUCCCAUUGAGCCCAUUUUUUGUUGUCCUCUUGAAGACAAACCGGGACAAUGUCCCUGUAUUUGAAAAUGGCUCCUACAUAAAACCCUUCACUCCCAUGCGUUCAGUAAGUGGAGACUCGUCCAGUGCUGCCCCUCCCAAGAGUGUGUCGUUGCUGGACUCUCUUUCCCCAUUCGAUAUGUCCCUGCUACAGUCCCUGGGCCCAGUGCAGAGCUGGCUGGGCCAGGAGCUGGAGAAAUGUGGCAUAGAUGCCAUGAUCUACACCCGAUACGUCCUCAGCCUCCUGCUGCAUGACAGCUAUGACUACGAUCUGCAGGACCAGGAGAAUGACAUCUUCCUUGGUUGGGAGAAGGGAGCUGGCAAAAAAUGGGGGAAGAGCAGGAGGAAGGGAGGGACAGACCUAAGUCUGGAGGAGAUGAAGAAGCAGGCUGCUGUGCAAUGCCUGCGUUCUGCUUCUGAUGAAAACUCUGGAGUUGAAAGUUUAGUUGAGGAGCUUUGCUCCAAGCUCAAGGACAUUCAGAACAAACAAAAAGUUCAUUCUUUUACAGAAAAAGAAAAGCAAACAAUAAAGAGGUCAGAUGAAUCUCGGUCUCCUGAAUUGGCUGAAUCACCUUCUUCUAAAGACCAGGUGGAAAUGUACUAUGAAGCCUUUCCACCUCUAUCAGAAAAACCUGUUUGUCUGCAAGAGAUUAUGACCGUGUGGAACAAGGCUAAAGCGAGUGCAUAUUCCAGCUCCUCAUCUGCUGCCCCUCAAACAAGCACAGAUACCUCCUCCCCAAAAGACUGCACCAGUGAGGGUGAAGUCAUCAAGGACAAAGCAACUGAUGCAUCAGUUGUCGUCUCCACCACUACUAUUGAGAAGGCUCAGCAAAGACGCAGCAAGAAAGAAAAAGAGAACCGAUACCACGGGGGUGCUUCUGGGGCUUGCAAUGACCAGGUUGUUUUUCAGAAUAAAAGGCACGCCAAACAUCGAUCUGAUUUGGGGCACCGUCCUCGGUCCUGGUCCUCUGGCUCCAGCGAGGGUGGUUCAAGCUCCAGUGGUAACCAAGGUGAGGCAAAGACCUGUAAGGGAGUUCGGAUCAGACAGAGGUCUCGUGAGAUCAGCAGCAGAAACAAAAGAGGGCGAAACUACAAGCAAGUCAAACUGGCCCUAAAGGCUAUUGACAAAGAAGAGCGCAGAAACACAGGUAGCAGUUGCAGUGCCUCCGAAGGCCCUUUGAAGCACCAACAGCACUACACAAAAAAGGGCAAAAAGCCAUUAAGGGAGCUUCGGAAAGAUACCAGCUGGGUUGACUUGAAAGAGUCUGGAGGUGAAGCCAAUAACAGGGAAUACAUGGAAGAACCCCUUUGGUACACCGAGCCCAUAUCGGAGUAUUUUGUCCCGUUCAGCUGGAGUAAACUGGAGACAAAGUAUCGAAGCAAACCAGAUUCCCCCACUGACCUAGCUACAGCCAUUAAUGUGGACAGUCUGUCAGAGCAAAUACAAGGGAUCUGCAUUGCCAACACUUCAAUUCAAAGGGCGUACCUUGCAGCAGGUACAUUCGUGGAUGGGCAUUUUGUUGAAGUUUCCAGUGAGGCAAACGGGGAAGCCACUGAACUGAAUGGGACCUCAAGCUGCCCUCUUCCUGAGGAUGGUAAAGAUUUAGAUGAUGAGCAUCUGUCUGAAUUCACUCACUUCUAUGAAGUUGAUAUAUACCAAUCCAUAUUGGAUCCCAGUGCCUCAGAUGCAGUACAAGAAAGUCGAAUCUUAAACAUGAUUCGGCAAAAGAGCAAUGAGCCAAGAGACAUUGAGGCAGGGUGUUGUGUAGAUUUAGAUGGCUUUGAACUGCAGGGGGAAAGUGCAAUAAAGGCAGAUUCUUUGGGAGCUUCGGGAGAUGAUGUGAUUCUUACACAAGACAUGGAAAACAUUGCUCAUAUGUGGGAGUGCUGCUCAUCAUCUACUUCUGAGGAAUUAGAAGGAGAAAGUUGUGCAGGUGACUCUCCAGUUAGGCUCUCCCCAAUGUUGGGCAGUGUGCCAUUUAACUUGAGCGGGUUGUCAGGAACUUAUGGUGAGCCCUCUGUCCAAGAUGUCACUGGGAGCACGAUGGCUCUAAACUCCUGUUUCUCGCUCUUUGAGGUGCAGUGCGAUAGCUCUGCUUUCCCCUUUUCUUGCGACUCGCUUGCAUCCAGCCGUGAAAAUAUAGAUUCAAGUAGCUUUCUAGAUUCUCAUGCAAACAAACAGUCUCGCUUGCUAAUUUGGACCAAAAAUAGUGCCUUUGAUGAGAACGAACACUGCUCUAACCUGUCUACACGAACAUGCAGUCCAUGGUCCCACUCAGAGGAGACACGCUCAGACAUUGAGCAAGUCACUGGCCAAGCAGAUGAGUCUUCUCAGUUUGGCAGUGAGGAACUCGGCUGCAUAAUUCCUCCUGUUCCAACUUCAUACCUGGAGGAGGAGUUUUUGGAUUUCUUGCAGGAGAGCCCGAGUCACCAGCAAGAUAAAAUGAGUGCAGGCAUAGUGUCCAAUCAGACCUUCAACAAGGUAUCCAAACUCGAGUCUGUUUGUGGAAUAGCUUUAGAGCAAGAUGAGGGCAAACAGUACAACUCUGUUUUGUUUCCAGAAGACACCAACCAACAAAAUGAUGAUUACAGCUCAGGAAUUAUAAAAGAUAUUUGGAUGGCUAUUGGAGACAGAGAUUGUGUUUUAGCUCUUGAACUGGAGAAAGCAGAUGAUGACUUGUUUUCAGAGGAGACAUCCAGCUAUCACUGUGGCUGUCUUGACGGUGAGGCGAAAGAGACCAUCGAAAAGAAGGCUGUUCAGCGUUCAGAGUACCACCUUUGGAAGGGUAAGAAGGAGGAUCAAGGUCUGGCCAAAAAUCAAGUCUCCAAGGUGGAUGGAGGGGACUAUGCAACACCUGCCAGGCCGUGGGAUGUUGAUUCGGAGAGGGACAGUACCUCAUUUAUUCUUGGAGGAGUGUACGGAGAACUAAAGUCCGUAAGCAGUGACGAGGAGUGGACUGUGGUCCAGCCCAUCAACACCUGUGAGAACCUGUUGCAGUGUGCCUCAGCUUCCUCAUCUGAUGUGGUAACCAUUGCAGGGACUGAUGUGUUCAUGAAUACAGGCAGUUGCUUUGCUCCUGGUCAUAAGCCUCUGUGGCGCCCUUUGGUGUCCUUUGGACAGAACAGUCAGGCUACCAAAGGGUCGGGGGAAGGACUGAAUAAGGGAUUUUCUGUUAUCUUCCAUGAAGAUUUACUUGGAUCCUGUGGAGGCUAUUGUGGAGAGCAGCAAGGACUUGAUUAUCCAUUUUCAUCCUUUGAUCUCAAUAACCCUUUUUCCCAGGUCCUGCAUGUGGAAUGCUCAUUUGAACCAGAAGACAUGGCCUCAUUCAGCCCAGGAUUCAAGCCAAAGUCCAUAUUGUGCUCAAACUCUGAUAACGAGCCAUUCAGUCCAAGCCUAUAUGGUAUCAAUCGCACUCAGUACCGGGCCAUCCGCAUAUCCCCAAGAACUCAUUUCCGGCCGAUAUCAGCCUCUGAACUUUCUCCUGGCUGUUGUAGUGUGUCGGAUGGAGAGUCUGAAAAGGAAGAAAUGAGUCUUCCCAUUACUGGACAGUCAGGUCUAUUUGAUAACCCACAGGCAGACCUCAAACCCCUGGAGGAAGAUGCAGAGAGCGAAGGCCCUUACUAUGGAAAGUCUGAACUGGAAUCUGGUAAAUUUUUACCCAGAUUAAAGAAGUCGGGCAUGGAGAAGAGCGCCCAGACGUCACUCGAUUCCCAGGAAGGUGGGGGUACAACUCUGACCACUGACGAGCAGGAGAUUUGCUUAGACUGUGAAGUCACAGGAAAAUCCUCAGCAGCAGUGUCGGCUGUGAGCUCUCUUGUGGAGUUGCCUGUGGAUGCAUUUCAGAAACCGGAGUCCUGCAUAGAAAGGGAGGCUUGUAGGUCUGUUGGUGCAAGCCAGCUUCUGGAAUUUGGCAAAUCGUACAAUGUGGUUCAAGAUUUGAAUGAGUUUCCACUGUUGAGUUUUGGAGAGAGAAGUGUGAUGAAUAGCCAGCGAGAGGAUUGCUGGUGGCAGAAUACGCUAUGUUCCUCCAUCUUUUCCGGAUCUCGGUGCACAGAAAGCAGUAACAUAUGAGUUUGCUGCCGAGCACAGAGUCACAGCAAAAACAGAACCGUGCUGAAAUUCCUUUCAGAGCCUCAGCGCUUUUCUUCUUCUGCAUUAAACCAGCAGAGGAUGAUGAUGAUGAUGAUGAUAAGGAUGUGGAGAAGCUUCAUCAGGACAGAACAUCAAAACCUCUAUUAAUCUUUAAGUUUAUUCCCUCUGCCCUGGCCCUUCUGCCAACUUUCACCCAACUUUCUAUAGUCAUUAGAAACGUAACCGAAGGGGAACUGUGUGCGAUUGUGUGUGAUUGCGUGUGUGUGUCAGUGUGUUUGUGCACGCUCAAACUUUAUGGAUCGGUUUGAAGUGUGUGUAUUAAUCAGCUUUGCCAAAGGCAUGUAGGUGAUAACGAUCCUUAGUUGAGUCAAGUGAUCUUUACUUGAACCCCAUCUGAUAGGCGUGUGUGUGUGUGCGUGUGUGUGCGUGUGCGUGUGUGUGUGUGUGUGUGACACUAGCGUCACUCCUUAACAGCAAUGACAAAAAAAAAUUGUAGCCUGUCGCUUUCUCACACCAGCGGUUUUAAGAUUUAUUUUCUACUAUUUUGAAGGAGUGACAUUUAGUGAUGAAUCUUCCCCAUUCACCGAUUUGAAAAAUGUGAGAAAGCAUUUUUCUUUUUUUUUUCUUUUUUUUUUCUUCCCCUCCCUCCCCCUGCAGCGUAGAGCUAAUUGUUUGGUUUGUGUUAUUGAAAACCGACUUCCCCCAUAUAAGCAUAAUAUCCUUUUGUGUAACGUAUCAGAAGGGGGAAGCUAAGAAAGUGUGAAAAAAGGUUUUAGUUUCCUUAUUACAGUUUACAGCUUGCGCGUAAAAAAAAAAUAGUUAUUUUAAUAAAACGAAAUAUAAACGCAUAUAUAAGCUAUAGGUGCAACUUGGGUUUGUUUUGGGUUUUUUAUGGAGGGACGUCUGUAGCAAAAAGAAACGGUACGAUCGAUGCUUUAAAAACACUCGUGUGCCCUUCAGAUAUUUUGUUGCACGUGUUCCUCGUAAACCAAGCGACACAAAGGUUUCCUGAUUUAUGUGCAAUUUUUUUUUUUUUCCUUUUAAGAUCAGAAUUUUGUUGCAAAAUAUAAUGGUUUUAUUUUCUUAGAAAGCUACGAGAGUUUUUUUGUUUUGUUUUGUUUUGUUUUUUUUCUCAAAAUUUUGUUUUCCUCCUUUUUUUUUUUUUUUUUUUUUUUUAAAAAGCAUUUAGUGUAGACUCGCGUGUUUUGGUGUGGGUUGCAGCUUUUUCAUUUUAAAGAAAGCCGGUGGCAUGAGGACCCGGUAUAGAAAUUGUUCGCCAUUUAAAAAAAAUAUAUAUAUUUAUAAAUUUAAGCGUUCCUGUUACCGCAAACGUAGCCAAUCAGCACGGGAUGCGAAUUUUACUUCUGUUUUGCACUAAAGUUACGAGGCUGCGUUAAUUAUUAUUAUUAUUAUUAUUAUUAUUAUUUUUUUUUUUUCUAAAGUAGAAUUUUCUUCUUUAAUAAAUGAAUAGUUUGUGAAAUGCAUUCGUCAUUUGUUUAAACAUUUAUAUAAAAUGCAUAGGUGGUUUUUGUUUGUGAAUUAGCCUCGUAACUCCAGUGCAAAAUGUUAAAAAUAAAAAUAAAAAAAGUUUGUUUAAACAAAAUAAAUAAAUAAAAAGGGGGGCAACUCCGGGUGCGUCUCUGCUGCUCGGCUGUGUUUGUUAAAGAGGAAAUAUAGACUUUACACUCUGCGCUUUGUAACUUUCUCUUAGAGGAAGGCUGUGAUAUUGUUCGAGUUGGUAAAGAUUUAAGACGUUGCGUUUGCUUCGUAAGAACAUGUUUAUAGUCUGUUCUUUUUCUUUUUUUUUUUCCUUCCUCACAUUUACCAGUGUGCUCCAUAGGGAUUAUAGUUUAAAAAAGUGACAUUCGUUAAUGCAUACAGAGUGAAGACCAGCACAUGCACAAACACUACACACACACACACACACACACACACACACACACACACCUACUACUUCUUUAUACAGCUUUGGUCUUCAUUCCACCUUAUUAAUGUCUCUCAUCUGCCCUCUGAGCCAGAUAUCAUUUAUUUUUAUCAUUAUAAUUAUUAUUAGAUUUUUGUUUUUAACGGAUGUUCCAGAUGUACCGAGAGUCGCGGAUUUCACACGUACUAAUCAGAGCGAUCUGAUCUGUAUCAUACGGACGCUGGCCCGAAACUGAGACGUGAUCUGUGGCGAUGGUUUGAGUUAACUACACAAACAAACCAGCAAAUAUCGUUAGAUUCCCUGAGGAGGAACUCAGUUUUGUUGUCGUCAUUUUUGUUGAUUUCGACUUUGUGUUGCAGCUUUUUUUUUUCUCUACGUCUCAGUGUGGACUCUUGAUUUUGAUGCGUUUUAGUUUGAAAGAAAGCUUGCAGCAUGACUACUGAAUAGAGUUAUUCAGCUUGCAGUGACUGUGUGUUUAUCUCAGACAAUAUUUAUAAACAUAUUGUUUACAUAUUUGACCGAAAUAUGUCUCUUUCUGUGUUUUCAGUGUAGAAAACGCAACAUUUUCAUUUGACCCUGUUCAAAACGUUCGGUCUGAGCCAGUGAGCCAGAUCUUCAGCCCAGCGCUCCUGAUCAGCUCAGUGCUCAGCAGAUCCAUUAACAGCUCUUCGAUUCAAACAAGCGUUCUGUCAUCACGCUAAUUGUGAGCUCUUUGACUGCUCUGAUAUCUGGAAGAUCCUAAAACCUGCAGUUUGCUGUGUUGUAGUUUCUGAUUGCGCCUCCUGGUGGCUGCGGUACUGUAGUGCACACUAUGGACGAAGCACACGUUGUUUUUUUAUUAUUUUUUUGGGGAUAUUUUGGGGGGAGAUAAUCGAUGAAGAAAACAGAUGAUUACAGUACGUGAACUCCGUAAUUCACACCAUAUUUAACACUCGAAGGGUGUUGGAUUGACUCGAUUUAGUAAAACAGAUUUAAUUCAGCAGAGAUGAUCUAUUUUACUAACAUGCUUUCACAGGUGGUACCUUUUUUUUUUUUGUUAAUGAAAACACUGAGAUGACAAAGCAUUAAUUUAUUAUUAUUAUUAUUAUUAUUAUUAUUAUUAUUAUUAUUAUUAUUAUUGUUAUUUCAGCCUAGACAACACCUGACAUCUGUGAAAAGACAAGUGAGGUUCAGAGAAAUUGGGGGGGUGAAAUAGAGUGAAAGAUGCAUGAGGUCGUUGAGGCUAAUAAUAUAGUAAUUGGACAUCACGGUCCCUAAUUUGCUUUGCUUUAAACUGCGAAACAAGUUUUAAAACAAACAAAAAAAAGUGUGUAACUAAGUUUUAUUUUCUUUUUGCUUUUAACUAUUGUGUGAAUGAAUAUAUGUGGGUCGUCAAAAUGAGAAUUAAAAACAAACAAGCAUCAGAAAUUGUGUUCAGAGAGACCACAAUAUAACAGUGCGUGUUGUGUGUGCGAGAUUGGAGUAGUACGUACUCAUGCUAGACUUUGUCCUGCAGCUCUGUUCCAUCGUUUAUUUUGUGUGUUGAGAGGAAACACUUCCCCAGUGCGAGUCAGGAUCGCACUCUUCAAGCACUGAGGCGGCUUCUUAUAUUGGGUUCCUUCUUUAUUUAUUUAUUUUUUUUGUGCUCUCUCUGUUCCUGUUUAUAACUCAUCUAUGCAGCCCGUUGGGGUUCCAUCCCUCCGUCAGCAUCAUCUCCGACUCCGUCUUCAUCACCUCAACGCCUCAGUGCAACCGAAACCCCAAACAUGGUCAUGUUGUUCUAAUUCCAUGUAUAAAUCCAACAGAGAUUUGCUUCAUUGUUGAGUUUCUGAAUCUAAUAAAGAGAUUGAGAACA